AUGAAUACUACUUCAACUCAUAUCGAAUCGAAAAAGACAUCAACAGGAUGGGAAUUGAGGAGUAAUUUCUUGUCCAACCAUAGCGAUGUGAAGAAAGCUCUGACUGAGCAUGGGCCAUUUGUUGAGAAGCUUAUGGUGGAGCUCUUUACUACUUUUUUGGGACGCAAGGAGAGUGAUGCCCACCAGUUUUUAGAGGACUUUACAGGGGCAAUCGAGAAUCCACCCAACAUAUGGGCGGCUGCAACACUUGGAGGACAAGUAGAGGAGAUAUCCGGUCUGGAGCAAGCUGUCAAGGAGGAGGCACGCAUACUCUACCUUGAAGAACUGAAAGGUCGGAGUCAACGGCGCAAGGUGAUUGUUGAGAUGUAUAAAAAUGAAGACCAGUGGGUUGAUUACCGUCAGAAGGUCAGAAUUCAGUUGAGCUACAUUGACUUCCUGACAGAGGGCGUCAGAGAUCUUUUGAGUCAGAGGCGUCUCACACGCAAGACCACACUUGAUCUCGCUUUCUCCAGGGUGGAAUACGUUCCGGAUACUCAAAAACGUGCUAGGUAUGAUUCGGCUCUGAUGGCUUUCUGGGCUGUCACUGAAAAGAUGUUAGUACAAUCCGACGAAGUGAUAGGGAGAUCAUUGGACAGGCUGGAGACAACUAGACACAGAUUGAAACUGACAAAUUUUAUCCUACAGUUGGCCACCAAAAAGCCGGAUACAGGUUUCCCAGUCAGAGCUAAGAGUUCACUGGACCCUAAAUAUUUGGAGACACUCUCAAGGGUAGAAGCAUGGGGGAAGACAGCAUUGGACCAUUACAACGCCGUGUGGAAGGAUAGUCAAGAGCGUGGCAUACUGACCUUGGGAGAUAUCACAAGCAGGUUGAACACUGCAGAGAGGAAUAAAAUCAAAGAAAGGGAGAGGAAGAAACGGCGUAAAAAGGGUGCCAAGCGGGGACACAUCAAUUCUGAUGCUCCCCAGAACUCAGAGGAGACAGAUAAGGCGCAUACAGCCCACUCUACUGGAUCUACGGGUUCCUCUCUGACUCAGGUUCAGUCUACAGGUGAUGAUCCCGCAAAAGGUUCUCAGGCGGGACCUGCACCAGGGACGGUUCUAGAGAGUUUGCCCAGUAACUCUUUUCCACAGGGUACGGAGAUUUGGGACAGCAAGGUCUCAUAUCCUGUUGAACGCUCCCAGACGGCCCCUCCUGAACUUCCUUCCCGCCGUGAACCGAUGGGGGGGAAUCCCGUCACGAUCGGACGACGAUCCAGCCUUGAGGGGGGUGAUUAUAUAGAAAGCUUCCCACAUUCUACUCGUGGGACGCUCGUCUUCUGGGACGAUGAUGAUGACAACGAGAGAACGAGUAGAGCAUUGUACAUACUGCAUACAGCUUAUAGUACUCGUACUCGUAGAGAGAUGCAGACGAUGUGA